CCCUUCGUACGCCCCCUCCGCGUCCCCGCCCGCGAUGACGUAAUGCGCGUUUAGGGACCAGGCGCCGCCCCCCUUCCAGUCAUGCCGCUGACAGAGGCUGGGAAUGUGGGAUCGGGAACCGGAUCGGGAGCGUGAUCCGGAUCCUCGGUGGGCGGAACUCGGGCCGUCCGAACUGUACCGCCGUGAAUGCCGUAGCGGACAGCCUGCUUCCUUUCCGCGUCGUGCCGUGCCGUGCAUGGGAGUAAUCCGGGGAAAGCGAGAGAGACGCGGUAAGUGCGGCUGAAUUUACGUCGCCUGCCUGCGCUGCUCUUUACUUCUACCGCAGUCCCAAAGAGAAGUAGGGGGGAGAAGAAGAAGACGAAGAAGAAGCCCGGCCGAAGCUGGCCCUGUGGAUGGAUGGAUGGAUGGAUGUUAUACUGAAUUAUGUGUUUUGGUCUGAUCUGAUUGCCAGGAGGUGGCACCAUGAGUGAGGCAGAUGGCCAGUUCUACAGCGUGCAGGUGGGCGACUCCACCUUCACCGUGCUGAGGCGUUACCAGCAGCUGCGGCCCAUCGGUUCCGGUGCCCAGGGCAUCGUUUGCUCGGCGCUUGACACGGUCCUGGGCAUCCCUGUGGCAGUGAAGAAAUUGAGCCGGCCCUUCCAGAAUGAGACCCACGCCAAGCGGGCCUACAGGGAACUGGUGCUUCUCAAGUGCGUUAACCACAAAAACAUCAUCAGGCUCAUCAAUGUCUUCACACCCCAGAAGUCGCUGGAGAAGUUCCAAGAUCUGUACCUGGUGAUGGAGCUGAUGGACGCCAGCCUGUGCCAGGUGAUCCAUAUGGACCUGGACCAUGAGAGGAUGUCCUACCUCCUGUACCAGAUCCUGUGCGGCAUCCGACACCUUCACUCUGCUGGCAUCAUCCACAGGGACCUGAAACCCAGCAACAUUGUGGUGAAGUCUGACUGCAGCCUGAAGAUCCUGGACUUCGGCCUGGCCAGGACGGCCUGUACCAGCUUCAUGAUGACUCCUUACGUAGUGACGCGAUACUACCGGGCCCCCGAGGUUAUUCUGGGAAUGAAGUACAAAGAGAACGUGGACAUCUGGUCAGUGGGAUGCAUCAUGGGAGAGAUGGUCAAAGGCAGCGUCAUCUUCCAGGGCACAGAUCACAUUGACCAGUGGAACAAAGUUAUCGAGGUCUUGGGCACACCCUCGGUGGAUUUCAUGAGCCGCCUGAUGGAGACGGUGAGGAACUACGUGAUGAACAAGCCGCAGUACCCGGGCCUGAGCUUCACCGAGUUGUUCCCCGACUGGGCCUUCCCAUCUGACUCGGAGCAGGACCUGCUGAAAACUAGCCAAGCUCGUGAUCUCCUGUCCAAGAUGCUAGUGAUCGACCCCGAGAGCCGAAUCUCUGUGCAGGAGGCGCUGAACCACCCCUACAUCCACGUGUGGUACGACCCCAGCGAAGCUGAUGCGCCACCCCCGCAGAUUUCAGACAAACAGCUCGAGGAGCGUGAGCACAGCAUCGAUCAGUGGAAAGAACUGAUAUAUGACGAGGUGAUGGACUGGGAAGAACGGAACAAGAACGGGGUGAUGAAGGAAGAAUCUUCUGGUGUGACAGCGAACUGCAGUGCCACCGUCUCCCAGUCGUCUUCCAUCAAUGACUUUUCCUCCAUGUCCACUGAGCAGACGCUGGCCUCAGACACGGACAGCAGCAGUGGCGACCUGGCGGGGGCCCUGGAGGACUGCCAGUGAGCCCCUCCCACAUUCAGACUCGUCUUUUCCGUCAUUCGUCUCAUCCAGCACUUCUAUGUCCCUCAUUCCAUCUAUCCCUCGACAAAUCCUGUUGCCACCCACAAUCGCUCCUUCAUCUCCGUAACCUGCGACAACGGCAGACCCGAAAGCCAAUGAAACGCAGACGUUUGCACAUUUGGAGGUUUCUGUUUUUAUGUAAGAAAGUGGCAAAUCAGGCAUGGUCUUGUGCUUGUGCUGGGCUGGACUUUGCUUGAAUGACUCAACAUGGAAAAUAAUAAUAAAAAAAAAAACACUUUGAGAAUAUUUGAAACAGAUGUUAACAUCACAUUUUAAGACUGAAUGUUAAAUUCUCCCCAAGGUAACCUUUUUAGCGGUUUCAUGUAUACUGAUGUUUUGUUUUUUUUUAAUUUACAAGUUCUGCUUUUUGAAAGAUCAGAGCAGCUGUCACGUGUUUUGUAGAAGUACCAGGCAGGAGCUGGGAGCCUCACACCAGCCCUGUCCCCUACAUCCUGUGUUUCCUGGUUUGUAUGAAUGCAUAAGGAGAAUGUUUAUUGAUUCACUGCCUUAGCUUUUCGUCACCUAAUAAGGUUUCCUCAUGGCUGUCAACUGAACCAAUGCAAGCUGACAGGAAGGAAAUUAAGAGGUAUAAUCACACCUUGAACAUCUGUGUAAUACAGUUUCUUUGUGUCUUUUUUUUUUACCAUAAAUUUUAAUACCUUUUGGAUUUAGCUGACAAAAUUAUGCAGUACUGUGUGCUUUGUCCUGCCAUUCUGCAAAUGUAAUUCAUAUUUAGUAGAUGGAUCAUCCAUAUUGCAAGUUUAACUUGUUUUGCUCUUUUGCAAACAAUUUUCUAAAUCAAUGCACCAUGGAGGAUAAAGGGAACUCACAAACUCGAUGGAAUGUAAAAUAAAAGUUAGACAUGAUAGAAAAAUUAGAAUGAGGAGCAUCAUCCAUCAUGCUUCGAGUUUGAGUCUCCGCCAGGGUUACGUGUGUGUGGAGUUUGCAUGUUCUCCCCAUGUCGUCGUGGGGUUUCCUCCGGGUACUCCGGUUUCCCCCCACAGUCCAAAAACAUGCUGAGGCUAAUUGGAGUUCCUAAAUUGUCCAUAGGUGUGCAUGUGUGAGUGAAUGGUGUGUGUGAGUGUGCCCUGCGAUGGGCUGGCCCCCCGUCCUGGGUUGUUCUCUGCCUAAUGCCCAUUGCUUCUGGGAUAGGCUCCGGACCCCCCGCGACCCAGGAGGAUAAGCAGGUUGGAAAAUGGAUGGAUGGAUGGAUGGAUGGAAGUCAAACAUUUUAACUUCAAUACAGGUGGCUUCAAAAUAUGUAAUUUGUUAACUCGUAUAUAAUUUGUUGGUUUCUUUUUUAUGGAUUUUUGUUUAUUUAAAAUCACUCAUAUCAGACACCCUUCCCCCCAUUUUGGCCAGUCCAGCUCGUACAGUGAGCAGUAUUAUUGUCAUUUAAAAUGCAGUUGAUUGAUUGGAUUUUUUUCACACUGAUUGUUCCAGUUGCGUAAUCUUAUCGUAAGAAAUGAGUGUAGGCUGAAGGGAGGUAACAAGAAGCAUUCAUAGUGUCAAGGAUUGUUGUAGUGUGACAUAUGAAAUGUUCUGUUGCGUCUGGUUGUGUUUUGUGGGGGGGGGGGGGUAUCCUGACUGGUACCAUAAAGCAGUUUUACACAAUGUUUGCAAUUCAGUUUAUUAUCCCUGGGUGUGAGGAAAGAGUUUUGAAUGCAAACGUUUUAUGAAGAGCCACCAAAUCGCACCACAGGAAAUGGGAAUAUGCCGGAAUCUCGACUCUGGAUCCGACGGAGAUGCACACGGGCUGUGGAGCUCUUUGGCUUUGCUCAAACUGGACUCUUAGCGGCUCUUAUGGGGCUGGAGGGAAUGGCGACUAGGUGCAGCCCAGUCUCACCUCAGGUACAUCUGGAUGUUCACCGAGUUCUCACACGCCUGAGUGUUAUAGGGUCUCUAGCCCUGAAAUAUGCAUCCCUUUGCAGUUCCUCCUUCUUGUUUUUUCGUUCUGUGAUUUUCUGUUCUUUUGUUCAUUAUUCUGUACUGUGGACCCACUCUGGACCCCAUAUUAUCUUCACUUGUCUCUUAAAAAUACAAUGAUCAUUCCAA